GCCAGUUUUAGUAAUCUACUUUAUAGCUUCAGAAGCAGGUCUGUUGCUAUGAAGGUCACAAUCUGAGUUAAGGAAUAUAAAAGUAACCAGUAUAAAGGCAACACUUUUCUUUUUCUUUUUUUUAGCUUCAAAGAUCUGCCCAAAAGAUAGACUGUUGCUCUUCUUCUGGAAAAGCCUGAUUGGUAGGAUUCCUUCAAGGGCUCAGCCCGAAGUGCUUUAUCCUGUCCCUUAACCAACUUCAAAACUAUAGCUUGUCAAGAGCCUCUGGAGGAAAACCUGUCUUGUUCCUUCACUUCACACAAAUGGCCAAUCCCAGAGGCAGUGAUGUUUGCAAUGGGAGUCUUCAUAAUCAUAAGGAACAGAGGGAUAAUUUGAAAACUGAAAACUGCACAAAGAAUGGAAUAGUGCAAGAAAUUCAGCAAAAUGAGGAGUCACAAUGUCAUUAUAAACCACUUGUUGAAUCCUUUGAAGAAGCACCUCUUCAUGUUAUGGUUUUUACUUACAUGGGAUAUGGAGUUGGAACUUUAUUUGGCUAUUUCAGAGACUUUUUGAGAAGCUCUGGAAUAGAAAAAUGCAAUGCAGCUGUAGAACGAGAAGAACAAAAAAAUUUUGUGCCAUUAUAUCAAAACUUUGAGAACUUUUACACACGAAACCUUUACAUGAGAAUCAGAGACAACUGGAACCGUCCCAUCUGCAGUGCUCCAGGAGCUCAGUUUGAUGUGUUGGAGAGGGUGUCAGAUGACUACAACUGGACAUUCAGAUUUACUGGAAGAGUAAUCAAAGAUGUCAUCAACAUGGGCUCCUAUAACUUUCUUGGUCUGGCUUCCGAGUAUGAUGAAUCUAUGAGGACUGUAAAGGAAGUUUUAGAGGAAUAUGGCACAGGUGUGGCCAGCACCAGACAGGAAAUGGGUACCUUGGAUAAACAUAAAGAAUUGGAAGAUCUUGUGGCCAAGUUCCUAAAUGUAGAAGCAGCUAUGGUUUUUGGGAUGGGGUUUGCUACUAACUCAAUGAAUAUUCCUGCGUUGGUUGGAAAGGGAUGCCUUAUUUUAAGUGAUGAAUUGAACCACGCUUCUCUUGUUCUUGGUGCUCGACUCUCAGGUGCUACCAUAAGGGUCUUCAAACACAACAAUAUGCAAAACCUAGAGAAGCUCCUGAGAGAUGCUAUAGUGUACGGCCAGCCUCGAAUCCGCAGAGCUUGGAGAAAGAUUCUCAUCCUGGUGGAGGGCAUCUACAGUAUGGAAGGUUCCAUUGUGAAUCUACCCCAGAUUGUGGCUUUGAAGAAGAAAUACAAAGCUUACCUCUACAUGGAUGAAGCGCACAGUAUUGGGGCUGUUGGCCCAACAGGCCGAGGUGUUGUGGAAUUCUUUGGUAUGGACCCUCGAGAUGUUGAUGUGCUAAUGGGCACAUUCACCAAAAGCUUUGGAUCCUCAGGAGGUUACAUAGCUGGAAGAAAGGACCUUGUGGAUUAUUUGAGGGUUCACUCACAUAGUGCUGUUUAUGCUACAUCCAUGAGUCCCCCGGUAGCAGAGCAAAUCAUCAGAUCAAUGAAAUUCAUCAUGGGACUGGAUGGAACUACACAAGGAUUGCAGAGAGUACAGCAACUUGCAAAAAACACAAGAUAUUUCAGACAGAGACUGAACAAAAUGGGAUUCAUUAUCUACGGCAAUGAGGAAUCUCCUGUUGUUCCCCUGCUCCUUUAUAUGCCUGCUAAAGUAGCGGCUUUUGCAAGACAUCUAUUAAAUAGAAAAAUUGCGGUGGUGGUUGUUGGAUUUCCAGCCACUCCUCUUGCAGAAGCUCGGACUCGGUUUUGUGUCUCAGCAGCACAUACCCAGGAGAUGUUAGACAAGGUUUUGGAAGCUCUAGAUGAGAUGGGUGAACUCCUGCAACUGAAAUAUUCCAGGAAGAAGAAUUCAGCAUGCCCUGAACUCUAUGAUGAGACAAACUUUGAACUCAAUGAUUAAGUUUUCUGGCUCUGAAUGGAAUCUAAAAACUUUGCCAGAAAGAUGGCCCUCCUCCCCUCAAAACAACUAUAACUGAAUUUCUCCCCAAACUCUCCGCCUUCCAGGACAAAAUUAGUUUCAAGACCAGUUUAACUGAACUGAGGGAGACAUUGUUAUUGCAUUUUUAUAUUUCCAACUUGGUGCUACAGAGGCAAAAAUAUGGUUCCAAAUUUUAAAUUUCUCUUCUCCCAAGUAUUCUGCUACAAGUACAUACACACUUCUUAGAAUAUUUUUAAUGGCAUUGAGCCUUGUUUAAGCUGCUACUGUGCAACCUCUUUGGUCCAGAUCCUUUCAGGAGUUCUAACCAUAUAAGAGGUCUUGAUUUUAAAUUCUAUAAAUUUCACUAUGUAGUUGUUUAUUUCAUCUGCUCACAUGGGCAAUGGUAGUGGGCAAUAGUUGACCUUCUGGUUCUAUUCAAAAAAGCUUCAUAUAUAAUUCAUCUGUAUCAUGGGAAGUUCCAAACAGAAGGAUGCAAAAUAAAUGUUAUUUCUACCAUUGGCCACACUUGGACUUUUUUCCAAGGGCAAGUGUCAAAAGACAUAGUUAAUGUUUCAAAGGAGAGAGCAUAACUGGCCAGCAGAAAUGAGAGAUAUAUUUGAAGGAAAUUUUCCUUUUUCUUCUGCUGGUCUCCUAUAGUUUUACAAUUAAGUAUUUGAGGUUUGGAAAAUUGAAGAUUUUUUUUUCAUAAGGAAAGGGGGUGAAUGAAAGCACAAACCAAUUUUAGGCCUUCACUAAGACUGAAAAAUAUUAUGAUAACUUGAGCAUUGUUGGUACCAUGCAGAACAAAUGUUAAUGUGUACAACCUUCAAUGACUUUAAGGAAUGAGUUGUCAUUUUCCUAUUGAAUAUUGAAUCAAUGAUAAAAUCUGAUUUUCUUUAGAAUUGAGUUCCAACACUACACUUGGAGAACAUAUUGACUUUAAAGCUUCUUGCCAUUAAAAGUAAAGUUUACUCAA